AAAAUCAUCUGUUCAUUAGAGCCAUCUUCUUCAGGGCAUCUAACUUAUUCUCAAUUUAUCUGGCUUGCCCCCAUUGACAUGUUCGUGAAGAAACCCAACCUCCUUCAUAUGCCUCUAAGGCUACUUCCACCUCCAAGUUCAGCCAUGGGUUCUGCUUAGAAUCGAUUCUUCUUCUACCCAUCUCUACCUAAUCUUUCUCUUCUCCUUUCGCUGCCCUGUUCCGGCAAAAGAAGAAAGGUGCGGCUAAAUCCCCCUUUUGGGUUAAAUUUGAAUUGAUCAAUGUCUUCCACAGGGCAUCUAUAAGGUCGCUUGUCGCAAUUGUUUCGAUCCCAUUUGCAUGCUGCAUUGAAUUUUGAGUUCUGGGUCACUGGAAGUUUAGUUCAUGGCGCUCCAGUCUUCGAUUUUGGGUCCGCCCGCCUUCUCUAUCCGCACGAAACCCUUUUCUCUUCUGCAUUGCUAUCGAUAUAAGGCUGUACCAGUAAGGAUUUUUCGGAGUAAUAAUCGGUACCCUAGUCUUUAUUCGUCGAAUUGCGUUCAAUUUCGUAGUUCUGGAAGCAUUUGGUGUACAGUUUAUGAAGAAACUGAUGCGUUUGCAAAUGGAGCUCGUUUGGGAUGUGGGGUUAGUGCGAACUCGAACUGUUCAAGUGUUCCUGAGCCGAAUCGAGAUUUUGUUAGAGAAAUUGCUAAGCGUGGGGUUAUUUUCACUGCAAUUGUGUAUGGUGUGCUCGUUGUUGGCUGUAAAAAUGUAUUGGCAACUGAGGGUGUGGUUAGUUUUGGCAGGGAUGUUGUUGGGCAGGGGAUAUUGACGUUUAGAAAUGCGUGGCCAAAAGCGUUGUUGGUCCUUAAGAUUUUCAAGGAGCAGGGUUUGAUUUUGGCUUUGCUUUUAGGACUCUCUGCGUUUUUCUCUAUGGCUGAGACUUCAAUAACCACACUAUGGCCUUGGAAGGUACGUGAAUUGGCUGAAAAGGAACCUGAAGAUGGUGUCUUCAAAAUGCUUCGUACUGACGUUACAAGAUUUCUCACGACCAUACUUAUUGGCACAACUGUGGUAAAUAUUGGGGCAACUGCGUUAGUCACAGAGGCCGCAACUGCAAUAUUUGGGGAAGCUGGUGUUAGUGCAGCAACUGGAGUGAUGACUGUUGCCAUUUUGCUUCUCACUGAACUCACUCCAAAAAGUAUUGCCGUGCAUAAUGCUACCGAGGUUGCUAGAAUUGUGGUCAGGCCAGUGGCAUGGCUUUCGAUUAUACUUUACCCAGUUGGAAGAAUUGUCACCUAUCUAUCAAUGGGGAUGCUUAAAAUAAUUGGUAUGAAAGGGAGUAGUGAACCAUUUGUAACUGAGGAGGAACUAAAAUUGAUGUUGCGAGGGGCAGAACUGAGUGGAGCCAUAGAGGAGGAAGAGCAGGAUAUGAUUGAGAAUGUUCUUGAGAUAAAAGAUACACAUGUUAGAGAGGUGAUGACACCUCUUAUCGACGUGGUUGCAAUAGAUGGAAGUGCCACACUCGUUGACUUCCACAAAUUGUGGGUGACUCAUCAGUACUCAAGGGUACCUGUUUUUGAGCAGCGCAUAGAUAACAUUGUUGGGAUUGCAUAUGCAAUGGAUUUGCUGGAUUUUGUACAGAAGGGUGAAGUACUAGAGAGCACUACUGCCGGGGAUAUGGCCCACAAACCUGCUUACUUCGUGCCUGAUUCAAUGUCAGUCUGGAAUCUUCUCCGAGAGUUUCGUAUCCGGAAAGUUCACAUGGCUGUUGUGCUUAACGAAUAUGGCGGCACAGUUGGAAUUGUAACACUGGAAGAUGUGGUUGAGGAAAUUGUAGGUGAAAUCUUUGACGAAAAUGAUUCAAAGGAGGAGAUCCAGAAGAAAACUGGCUACAUUGUGAUGCGAGCCGAUGGAGUAUAUGAUGUCGAUGCUAAUACCGCAAUCGAUCAGCUCUCUGAAGAUCUAAAUAUCAAAAUGCCAGAGGGUCAUCAAUACGAAACGGUGUCGGGUUUUGUUUGUGAGGCUUUUGGAUAUAUCCCAAGGACGGGUGAAAGCGUUAAAGUGGUCCUUGAAAAGGAAGACGAAGAAGCAGAAGAGUCAAAUUCCGAAAACAAAAAUCAGAAGCAAAAACGCCUAAUCUUCAAUAUCGAGAUAUUAGCAGGAAAUGCUAGAAAGGUUAGUGCUGUUCGGUUUGAACGGGUGAAUGACGAUAAAGGUGAGGUGGCUCAUCUUGUCCCUAAAGUCAUGGAGAAGAAAUGGAGCAGUAAUGGGGAGUCUGGUAGUGUAGAAAAUGAUAAUAUAUUAUCAGAGAGACUUGAUGACAGCCUCUCUAGAUUGCACCAAAACGAUGAUGAUCAUAGCAGUGAUAGAAAUUAGUGAAGCAUAACUCAUUUUUGUUCCCUCAUUCUUUCAACACCAUAUAGAAGGUGAAGGAUUACAAGCACCAACAAACAAUAAACUAACGUUAUAAUGUUUCACAGAUGAAGAGAGGUGUCAAUAUUUAAAUCAUCAACACAGUUUGUUCUGUUCAUCACUGUUUCUCUUGACCCCAUGUCUGAUAAACUAAGAUCAUCUGUGAUUUGAAGAUGAGAUUUUCUGCUUUCCAAGCUUGGUUGAAGGUAUGAAGAGCCUUGGAAUGGUGACUUAGGUGGAAGAACUAGUUCAGAAUGGAAAAAUAAGCCUGUUUGCUCAGACAACGCAGCUGAAUUGGCUCGUAUCGACUCAGACGACAGGUUUUGAACCUCUUUCCGCUCUCUCAACUCCUUAGCUUUCUGCAGUCGUCUAAAUCUCUCUUGCAGCAAAGCAAUGGAGGACUUCAUUUCACUACUCAUUCUCAAAAGAAAAGGAACAAAAAAAAAAAAAAAAAAAA